GGUCUCGGCGGUGGCGGUGGGUCAUUGUUCCUCCUUCUCUCGACAUUGUCUCCAUGCUCACACUUGCCGCUGCUCCACGCGCGCGAGCGGCGCUGCUCGCCACGUCGCACGGCCGGCGGCCGACAUUCCGUGUGCCGUCACAUGUGAUCCGCGUGCUGUCGACUCGCCCCACGGCUGAGGUAGCCGCGGCCACGAGCACUAAGGCAACGGCCACCGCGGCCAUUGACGCCGCCGACGUUGCCCCGCUGACCCAAGGCAUGACGCUCAAGGAACGCCUUACGAUCUACAGCCAGCUGGGCAAGUCGCGUCUUAGUGCAUUGGUUGUCAUGACCACAGGCGCCGGUUUCCUCAUGGCCGGCGGACCCAUCUCUUGGAGCACUUUUGCUGCAGCCACAGUGGGUACAUCUCUGGCCGCAGUGUCGGCCAACACGUUCAACCAAUGCUGGGAGGUGGAGCUGGACGCCAAGAUGCAGCGCACGCACCGCCGGCCAUUACCCUCGGGACGCAUCACGCGACCGCAUGCACUGGCCUUCGGAGCUGCUACAGCAACGGCCAGUACGGCCAUUCUUGCGGCCGGGUGCAGCCCGCUGGUGGCCUCGCUGGGUGCGUUCAACAUUGGUCUCUAUUCGCUUGUAUACACACCUAUGAAGAUGAAGAGCGAGUGGAACACGUGGAUGGGCUCCAUCGUGGGUGCCAUCCCGCCAGUUAUGGGCUGGGCUGCAGCCACGGGCACAGUUUUGGCGCCCGAAGCUGCACUGCACGCGUACUUACUGUACUGUUGGCAGAUGCCUCACUUCUUCGCACUAAGCUGGCGGUCGCGUAAGGACUACGGUCGUGGGGGCUACCAGAUGGUGGCAUGCAAUGACCCCACGGGCUCUCGUAGUGCAGCGUUGGCACUGCGUUACUCGUAUUACAUGGGUGCGAUCCCGAUCGUGGCUGCGCUCACAGACGCCACCAGCUACAUGUUCGCCGUAGAAGGCACAGUCGUGAACGCGUACACUAUCUACCUGGCUCACAAGUUCUACGCCAAACCCAAUAACGCAACAGCACAGAAGGUCUUCUUGGCGUCACUAUGGUAUCUCCCGGUCAUUAUGGGCUGUAUGGUGUUGCACAGCCAGCAGUGGAUGGACGACGAAGAAGUUGAAGCCAAGAAGGAAGCGAACGUUUGGCGUGAGGCAUUUUUGGGCGAAGUAGAGAACUUUCAGUCGCAGGAUCCUUCGGCACACUUGGACGAGAGCUCCAUGUCGUCAUGGUUAGUCUCCAAGGUGCGUGCCGUUCGUCACAGUCUGCGAGAUUUCUGUAUCCACGAGAGUUUGUGGGGAGUCAAGGACGGCCAGCAUCAGGCCGACGAGUCCAACGUGCUUUGUCCCGUGCACGUGGGUCACCAAGCUAAGGAGACGGUGGCCAUUACAGCCCAGGCGUCCAGGAAGGACAUGUAA